UUGACACACAAUGAGGAGCAGAGGCUGGGUAGACGCUCCACAAACGCCGCUGUAAAUAAAUACAACAAUCACUGAGGCCAGAGAAACAUGGAGAACCAGUGCACGGUGCAAGUGAAGCUGGAGUUGGGCCACAGAGCCCAGCUUAGAAAGAAAGUAACUUCAGAAGGCUUCACCCACGACUGGAUGGUGUUUGUCCGAGGGCCAGAGACCGGCGACAUCCAGCACUUUGUAGAGAAGGUCGUCUUCCGGCUGCACGACAGCUUCCCCAAACCCAAGAGAGUGUGCAAGGAGCCUCCAUACAAAGUGGAGGAGUCGGGCUACGCAGGCUUCCUUAUGCCUAUUGAGGUUUACUUCAAGAACAAGGAGGAGCCAAAAAAGGUGUGUUUCAACUACGACCUUUUCCUUAACUUGGAGGGCAAUCCACCCGUCAACCACCUACGCUGUGAAAAGCUCACCUUCAACAACCCCACCAAAGAAUUCAGGAGAAAGCUGAUCAAGGCUGGAGGGGUAUUGGUGGUUCCAGAGGGAGCUGAAGCCGUGUCGAGGCCCAGUCCGGACUACCCGAUGCUCCCUACCAUCCCCCUCUCUGCCUUCUCAGACCCCAAGAAAACCAAGACCUCCCAUGUGUCGAAGGAACCCAGCAAAGAAGGAAGUGGUGGCAGCAGCAAAGGACCCAAACCUCACAAGCUGACUAAGGAACACCGUGAACGUCCCCGAAAAGACUCUGAAAGCAAAGCCACGUCGAAAGGAGACAACGACAGAGACGGAAGCAGCAAGAGUGGGCGUGAUCCUUCUUCCUCCUCUUCGUCAAAGAAGCCGUCAGAGAUCAAAGUGAAGGAUGAGGUUAAGGUCCUACCCAAGGCUGCCUUCAAGGAGCCUAAACUCACCCUGAAGGAGUCAAAGAUGGAGGGCAUGUCCCCUAAAGGAGGGGGGGCAGGGAGUGGCGGGGGAGGUGGGGGAGGAGGGACUGCAGAGUCCAAAGCUCCAGGGAAACGGCCCUCCACCGUGGAGUCUCCCAAACCCAGCGCAAAGAAGCAGAAGAAGGCCAGCUCAGAUGGCCCGAAGGGGCCGAGCACCGGACCCUUCACAGGAUCUUCUCCUCGAGUCUCCUCGUCGACAUCAGUCAACCAGCCGUACACCGAGAGGAAACCCUCCAAGGACAAAGGGCGCUGGCCCAAAGGUAAAAACGACACGCAGGAGCCGAAGGAACCCAAGAAACUUCCAGUGUCUGAAGAGUCGAAUUCAGAAGAUGAAGCAUCUUCAAAGUCGGAGCAGUCGGCCCCUUCCAGUCCUUCCAACUCCAGUUCGAGCUCAGACUCCAGUUCAGAUUCAGACUUUGAGCCAGGACAGAAACAAGGACAAGGUCCCCUUCGGUCCAUGGUGGAGGAGAUCCAGUCCGAAGAGUCAGACGAUGACGACAGCAGUUCGGAGGAAGAGACCCCCGUUAAGACCAACCCUCCUAACCGCGACUCUCGACUUAGCCUGGACAGCGAGAGUGACAGCAGCGACGGCUCACACAGCCCCAGUCGAGGCCUGGCCCCUCCCCCUCAGAAACACAACUCCUCCAACAACAAAGUUUCAGGCAGAAAGAGUCCUGAUUCCUCUUUCCGCUCAGAUAAGGUGUUGAAGAAGGGAUACGACAAGGUAGGAAGGGCCUACACAGAAGAGUUGGUGGACCUCCAUCGCCGACUGAUGGCUUUAAGGGAGCGUAAUGUCCUUCAGCAGAUAGUAAACCUGAUCGAGGAGACGGGCCACUUCAACGUCACCAACACCACCUUUGACUUUGACCUCUUUUCACUGGACGAGUCCACUGUUCGCAAACUACAGAGCUACCUGGAGGCCACAGCCACGUGACAGGAAGUGGUACCUGGUGUGGGGGAGCCUAUGUGCGGAUUACAGCAGCGGAGGCGGAGGUAGACACGCCACCAUGUCUCCCUUUUUUUUUUUUUUCUUUUUUUUUUUUUUACGAGGAGACGAGCUGCAGCAUUUGUCGCAGCUGUCUCCUAGGCCUGACUGAACUAUGGAACAACUACCACACAAACCGAAACACACAAACAAACACAAGCACACAUGAAGACACUCCGCCUUCAGGUGAGGCUGGGGGACAAAAGGGGGAGGUGUGGAGGAGAAGAGGAGCGGAGGAGUAGCUGAACUCUGUCAGGAUUUUUACUACACAUCUCUUUUUUUUGAGUCUGAGGAAUGCACCCCACACCCCCUCCUUCACCCCCCUGUACUCUUAUUGCUCUUGCCUUUGCAAAGCCCCCCCCACCCCCCCACCCCACCCCCAUACACACACCAUUUCACUCCCCCCCACCACCACCCCUUUCUCUCCAUCCUUCACACGCACAGUCCUUACUCGGCAGAACACUCCAGUUCCCUUCCCCCUGCUGUCAGCUGGAGCUCAUUUCUCUCCUGACAUACUCUGAAGUCAUGAGUGUGUGUGUGUGUGUGUGUGUGUGUGUGCGUGCGUGUGUGCGCGUGCGCGUGUGUGUGUGCGUGUGCGUCUGGUGCAUGUGAGUAGCGCUGCUAAAGUUUAAGAGGAUAUGUUGUCUUUGCCACUACUAGCAUCUCUUUGUUUAUGAAGUAUGAGCACAAACCGUGCUCCCCAACAAACACGCACACACUCACUCACUCACACACAAACACACACACAUACACACACACACACGCACACAUAUUAGUACAAAUAGAGUUUAUUUCAGGUGACACUUCACUUUAAUUGUCCCACUUGCUAGCAUUUUAAAUCAGUUAAGAACCUUUGAUAAAUGAUUACUGAUAUGUUUACACUUACUAUGUAGCUGUAAGCAGAUAAAAGUGUUUUUUCAUUUAAAUGUCAACGGCUACAACUCGUCAUAAGAGCACCUCAAAGUGGAGCCUGUUAAUUAAACAGAUAACAAAAACUCUUUUGUAAUUACACAAACUAUGUUCAUUUAUAAUCACUUUAAAAUGCUCUUUAAACAUACAUUAAUUGAGAAGUGUUUAUCAAUUAAAGUAAAGUGGUACCUGGAUUCAUGCACAUUAUUGGCCCAAAGUUACACUGAACAUGUAGACACUGGGAUGUGUGUGUGUGUGUGUGUGUGUGUGUGUGUGUGUGUGUGUGUGUGUGUGUGUGUGUGAGAUUGAUUGAUUGAUUGAUUGUGAGACACAGAGUGCCUUGGUGGAGGUUUCUCUGUUGUCUGUACAUUUGGAAACACAUGUCAUCUGUUGAGUCUCUCUCUACUUCCUCGCACUGAAAGCUGAGCCUUGACCUCCUCCUUCCCUCCCUCUUCCUCCCUCCCAUUGAAGGCCCCUCACUUCAUCUCUUCUCUCCACCCUCCUCCUCCUCCUUUCUUAUUCCCAUAUUGGUGUGCAUGAAAGGGCUCGACUGCUCGCGGCCAGAGCAGUGGAGGAUCACUCCUGAAAUGCCUUCUAAGUGGCAGGUUGGGAAGGGAAGGGUGGGGGGGUUAAAAAAAGCAGAGAAAAAGUAGCCAUACUUGUCUCCCAGAAUCCAAAAAUAAUAAGAAACAAAAAAAAAUAGGGGCCACGCUUUUUUUAACAUUUUAUUUUUCUACAAGUGCAUUUUGUGUAUUUAUUCCCAGAUUGCGUUUAAGAAAACCUGUGAGCUAUGAAUGUAUAUCGCUUUUACUUUUCUACGGUUAGCAACAGCCCCACUCUAGUGCCUUUUUCUGCGACUUGCAGUGUGAGGGGGGGUGUGCGCUCUGUUAGCCAUGGUCACACGGACUGAAACCCCCCCUCCCCAAAACAAGUGUUAAUAGGGAUGCCUGAAUAUCCAGUAUUGUCUUAAUGGCUUCCAUCCUUGCUUCUCCUUUCCUAGUGUCUUUGUAGGCUGUUGUCAUUUUAUCAGUGACAUUGAAUUCAUUUCCUCUCAUUUUGAGGGUUGUGGUCGUCUCGUUUUUGUUCUUGCUUUCUGAGAUUAGGUUUGGUUUAAGACAAAAAAAAAAAAAGCAUCAGGUGACUGUGUGGUAGUUCCUCUCAUUAAUUAGCUCUAGAAACAGUUGCUAUAGAUGUGUUGUGUGUCUCUGUGAGAAGGCAGACGCUGAAUAGGGUCUUGGUCCCCCCUCUUCAAGCAGUUUGAAGUAUUUGAAGUAAUGAUGGAGUGUUUCAGACCAAGUUAUCAGGCACUCAAAGAGCAGAAACAAAGGGCAUGUAAACAAAUAAGCUAAACAAUAUGCCGUUGGUGUUUUCUUUCCUUCAAUAUUUGAAACAUGUUAAUCAGGGGCCUGCAUCAUGAAACACGAUGUUUAGGUUAAGUGGAUAACUUUAUCUCCAUAAGACUGAUCUCACAAAGCUGGAUAACUUGGAUCAAAUUCACUAAACCUGCUGAAGAGAACAUUUCAGUUCAGAGGAUUCAACACUUAGUAAAAACAAGUACAAAAGAACACGUUAACAUAAAAUAAAAUGUCCUGUAGUGAACAUUUCAAACAAGUUACCCACUGUCAGUUAAUGCCUUUAUUAGAGAUGACAGUAAUGAGGUGACAGGAAAUGAGUGGGGAGAAGAGAGGUGCAACACAGACCCCCUGUUUAACCCUAACGUGCAACACUGCGGUUUAGCACCUUUUUAUCUCCGACUCUUUAACAGUGCUUCUAAUGCGUGUUGCACAAAGUGAAGUUAGACAUGGCGAUCAGAAGUCUGCACUGCACUGAAACGAUUCAAAUCUGUAUAUCAAUGGUAGAAGAGAAAACAUGCAUGGAACCACUAUUACAUCACAUCUUCAUGACGAGAGGAGAACCACACUUCAAAAACUGAAGAGCUAUACAAUACAGGUCAAGGAAAAAAUAACUUACAAUAAGUUUUUUUUUUAAUGUGAUGUGACUAAGUAUGAAGCAUCACUCUGUAUGUCAAGUUUUAUUUGCACUGCAAAUGAUAUAAUAAAAAAAAAACAACAACAUAAUAAUCCAACUUCAGUUUGUACCAAACAAGUUUUCUCACGUCUGGAGAACAAAGUGGACCAGCACAGUACAUAUCUGCAGCGCUGCAUCUUUAUUUAAAAAACAAACUAAUCAGUUUCUGCAUCUGACCACCUGUCUCAUGAUUUCAUUAAUACUUUGAUAAAUACAGCAGCUCUGCUUGUAAAUGAUAAUCACAAAACUAAGGACAAAUAAUCAGUGAAUCCCUGUGUGUUUGUUUUUUUAAUAACAGCUAAGCAGAUGUGAAGUUUAAGUUAGUAGUAAUUAUUGUUAACCGUUUAAUAAAAUAAUGCACUUUUUUUAUUUUAAACUAAACUGCAUUCUUACUCUUGGCCAUGUUUAUGUUCAGUGUGUCUUGAUAGGUAAGCUUGAUCAAACGGACACCUGACAGCUUUUAACAUCUUCUCUGGCCGUGAGAUGUUCUGCUCCCCGUAGAUGUCAGUCAUUGCGUCUCCAUACAAUUUGAGAAUAGCACCCACCUUUAGCUUAUAACCUAUAACUUUGGUAUUUUGUUAUUGUGUUAUUCAAUACAAUUGUCUCCUUUUAUGUUACCUAUGUAAAUAUUGUAAUUAACUAUAUGUUGCCUCCUUGUCUUGAUCCCUUUGAACUGUUUGAUUAUUACCUUUAGCUGCUGCAUUGACGACAUUUUCGGGGUCAAACAGUUUUGCAAUACUACGCUCUUCGUGUGAUUGGAAGCAUAUUUAAUCUAAGAUUAAUUUGUUGUCGUUCUGGUAAAUCACGGGUUAACAGAGUCAUGAUCCAGCUUUGUGAGAACAGUUUUUCCAGGAUUACCAGUGUUAGGUUUUGUAAACCAGAAGCCCCAAAGAAAGCCAGACUGAGGUGAAAAUGCUCCUUGAUUCAGGCCCCUGGUGUUAUAGUUCCUGUGGCCCCUCCAAACACACACAUACACACACACACACACACACACACACACACACACACACACACACACACACACACACACACACACACACACACACACACACACAACCCACUGUUGUACAAACUUUCAAUAGUGAUUUCCUCCCUGCCUCCCUCUCCUCCUCUGUUACUUGCCGACAGUGUUUUUAUUCUGACGCUCUGAUAGCUUUAAUACUUCUCUUUUUCUAUGACCUGCUUCCACAUACUCCUUCCUUUCUGUUCUUACUGUAAAUGCCGUCUGUGCUCGAAGAACGUGUCUCCAAAAACAAAACAAAAAAAAGAAUGAAAAAACCAGGAUCCCUGCCGCCUUAUGUGCCCUGCAGUAACCCUCUCCUGCCCUCACUUCUCUCCCCCCCCCCUGUCCCACCCUCAUUUUCUCUAGGUGUGCCUCUGUCAACACAACUUCAGGCCAUUAUUACUGAGAAUGAACUUUGCAACUCUGUGUGUGUGUGUGUGUGUGUGUGUGUGUGUGUGUGAGUGAGUGUGUGUGAGAGAGAGAGAGAGAGAGAGAGAUAUUUGUGCAUCUGCGAGUGAGUUUGUGUCAGCGACAGGGGACAUUAAAAACCAACCCUCCUGUCCUCUUCUCUGUGCACCGGUAUGGGAACUUUUAAGUCCUAGUUCAUGAACUCUGACGUUUGACCUGGCACUCAUUCAGUCCCUUGUUGUGGUGAGAGAGGGGAGGUUGUGUGGGGACUCGAGUGGAAGCCCCACUGUCUGCCCACAGUCAAUGUUUUAUUUAUGGACCUCUGCACUUUUGGCUGUGAUGACUUCAGUACUUAAGUAGUUACCUAAACUGUAUUUUUAAGGAUUUUAUACAAUAUUUACAUGCAAUACAAUAUCAAUUGAUUUGUUUUUCUUUGCCAACCAUUUUUUGUUUGUUUGUUUCUUAUUUAAUUGUCUUUAUUUGGGCAUGAUUUGUCGCUAUUAUUCACAAACACUCGUUCCCCAUUGGAUCUAGUUGAGACAUUAUGGGGUUUGGGGGGGGGGGGGGCGUCCCCUGUAUGUUUUUGUGUAUCAUUAUUCUGAUGACAGCUGAACACCAAGAAACAGGUGUUGGGAAAUAUUUGCUGGAUGAGCUAAACUCUGAUAUCACCCUCUGCUUCCAGUAGGAGUAACUGGACCAGAAGGAACCCAUCUGUUUAAUUUCUGUCUCAUGUGUUCGAUUAUGAUUUCCAUGUUUCUUUUCUACUCGUCUGUAGACGUUUGCACCCAAACAAACAAAAACGGUCAUCGUCACCAUCUUUUACUUUGUUAUGAAAACUUGAGCCUGAAGAAACACAUCAUAGGAAACGAUGGAGUUGCAAAGUGGGACAGUAUCUGGUACCAGAAGUUAUAAUGCCAUUUAGCUUUCUUAUAGACGACAUCACAUGGGUCAUGGUCAGAUGACCAACCUCACUCUGUUUAACUCUCCAAUAUGUGCACUUUUUCUUUCUCUUGCGUGUACAACAAAUAACCAGCCGUAAGAGGACAUGCAUCCAUUCACUGUAUUUACUACAUUUGAAACUCUUAUAAUGAGUCAUUUCUGGUUGUUUUCUAGAGAUCUGGACUUUCUUUUCUUGUUAUCUCAGAUAACAAAGCGGAUUUUUUCUCACGAUAACGGGAUCAUUUUCUGACGACAACAUGCCUUGCUGUCAUUGACCACACUAAUGAGAGAAGUUAAGCCUAAUGCUAAUGAGAUAGCCUAAUGCUACGUUUGUUUGUUUUGUGCUUUUGCAACACUGGAGACACAAGACAAACAAGUCUAGAUCUCAAGAAAACAUCUGGAAAUCAAUCAUUGAUUAAAUUUUGAUUCUUAAUUAUCAAUGGAAAGUGAAGUAAUUAGUAUGUAUGGAUGCAUGGCUGUUCAGGGCUUCCUUUCAGCCACCCAGCCUAUUGCCUGCAAGGACAAAGCCUACCUUUAACAGGACUCACAGCUGGAGCAUAUCCAACAUUAGAAUCUGCUCAAACCCCUCCUGGUUCCAUUUUUGAGUAGAAGUAAAUGCAUAAUAAAUUCCUACAGCUCAGAACUCAUUGCCACAAGACACAUUCAGUCAAUUUUCCCUUUUUAAGGCUCAUUUCUAUCCAAGUAAGGUUUAGAGUUUGUAAAUUGUCUGCAGUUGCAAAAAAAUCUGUUGUUCCUCAAGCAAACCAGUGGUUUCUUUAGACGGCCCCAAACAAUGACGGGCUAAUUCCAAGGACAUCACAAAAUAUAAGCUCAGAGAUUGUUAAGGACAACGAUACUUUUUGAGUAUUCUGUCCGACUCAGGCAUACUGCUGUAUUCACCGAUGCCAGAUUGUACAGCCAAAGAGUUACAGCUGAGCGACGUCAAACCUGUGGCUGCUUUCAUGCAACGCAUCAUGACACAUGGAAAAAAAAAUUAUAGUAAUGACUGAGACAUUUGACUGCAUUCUGAUUUAGACUUUCCUUUCAAAUGGUUUCACAUGCUGUUGAGAAAACUGAUGUUUCAAUCUGCUGCUUACAUCUAUCGGUUUCUUCUAAAUUUGGUAGUUCACUUUAAAGAUGAAUACUGUCACUGACACCACUUUUUUAUUAAUCACCACUGCAAUGAUUAUUGUUUUUAAUCACAUAUGUGAUUGUCAAUCUGACUGGCUGUUUCUCCUUGUCAAUGGCAGCUAAGGCUCAUGGGUAUUGGAGUAUUUAGAGCCCUUUACUUAAGUAAAUAAAACUUGUUUCAGUGUUCUCUGAAACAGAGUUGUAGCAUUAGAAGCAGAAGGUGCUCCUACAAAACGCGCUGUGGUUGUUUUAUGAUUUGGAACAGUUGAAUGUAAAAAAAACAAAAAACAAGCCACAUUUGGGAUUUUAAGAACUUUAUGGUACCAGUAACUGCUCCCACUUUGCCCCUCUGAGGAGGUCUGUAGGAGUGGAGCAUUUCAGCUGAGAAUAUUAUAUAUAGUAUGUGUAUAAUACAGCAAAGGUAGAAUAUCUACUGUGUGGAUCUUUAGAGGAUGAAGAAAAGGCAAACGGAGAGCAUUUGGUUCCUUGCUAAUAAGUGGAGGGUGGGGCUGGGGCAUGUGCAGACGGGAUGUUUCCUGUGUCAGUGGUCGUCAUAAUGUGUCUGUGACGGGGGGGACAGGGUUGCCUGUAUUUAUAAAAGUUUGAUUUUUUUUUUAACUGGUGGUAAAAGGGGGUGAGGGUCUGGUUCCAUAUUUGUGGUCCAAACGACAGGAAGAACAAAUAAACUGGACGGCAGAACAAUUUGGUAUUUUUGAGAAUAAAAAACUUGGCAUUAAAAUGCCACCAUGUGGCCAUAUGAUGCAAGUUGUUAACAAGGACAAAACAUGUUAUUUUAAUGUUAUUUUUUAUUUGAAAUCAUAUUAUUAAUAAAGUCAUUAAGUACUGUUGA